AUGGCAUCCACCCAGGCGCUCAGCGCAGCAGCACAAGACCGCAAAGCCCGCCUGGCCCAGCUCAAAUCACUCAAGCGCAAACAACCCGACACCUGCCAAGAAGCCUACGAAGAAGAAGCACCAGUAAGACAAACCGACGAGACCACACCAGCCGAACCAGACGCCUCCUCCACAUUCCUCUCCGGCCGCAACUACGACUCGGAAACCAAGGGACCAAAACUGGGCUUCGAAGCGGCACCCUCAGAGGGUAAAGAGACACUCGAGAAGAAGGCAGCAGCGCUCGCACUCGAGACAAGACGACAAGCACAGGAGGACGAGAAAGCGGAUAAGCCGCUCGACUUGUUCAAGCUGCAACCCAAGAAACCGAAUUGGGAUCUCAAGCGCGAUUUGGACAGGAAGUUGGAAGUGCUGAAUGUGAGGACGGAUAACGCGAUUGCGAAGUUAGUUCGGGAGAGGAUCGCGGGGCAGCAGAAGGCGGCGAAGGAGAAGAUGGGAGGUGCGAAUGGGCGUGCGAAUGGGUCUGAUGGUGUCGGUGCGGAGGGAGAGGGAGAGGCGGUGGGUUUGGAGGGGGCGGUGUUGGUCGAGGCUACGCAUGUGCGGGAGCGAGAGGAUGAGGAGGAUGCUAGGCGGGAGAGGGAGGAAGAGGAUGCGUUGUUGGAUGCGAGCUGA